AUGCGCACUAACUCUGAGGAGGGUUUAGAAAUUCUCACCAAGAAGGUCAACCUCUGCGAAACUGUGCGAAAGAUCUUGGGACAGCCCCAGGGCGACAACUUCAUUCAGUCCUCUAAUGCAAUCUGCCAAUGCUUCCCGCGCAUUAGUAAAUUGAGUGCAACGUCAGGCUUCAAGUCAUUUGAGAAGGGAGUUUUAUCGCCUGCAGAUUCGAAUGAUGUUGAUCAAGUUGUGGGGGUCCAAAAAUGCAUGAAUGAGUCGGGCUUCCAGACAUUUAAUGACCGGGAUAAAGUCAAAAAGACCCUCCAGUCCAAGGCAAAACCCAAAGUGCUUAUCAUCGAGGGUCCGGAGAUCAACGAAGACAGAUAUUCUAAGCUUAUGGCGAUUAUCAAAUCCUGUAAGCCAGGGUCCUUUUGUACCGACAUGCAGAUUCAAGAGACCAUUCAAAACCUCUUCACUCCAUACAUGGCCGAGAUCGGCCGGCAGUUCCGAGAAGGGCUCUUCGUUCCGUGGGUUCCCCUUCUAGAAAACCUACUGUCAAUCUCCAGUGACUUCAAUACGGCUGCUCAAAAUAUCGGAUCGCCUUUCCUUGGCUUCAAGUCAAGAUAUGAUUAUGCCACCCAAACCUCUUGUGUUGAGCUUGGUAGCUGUGAUGGGCCUGCUGUGUCCUCCUUUUUCAAGCAAGUCGGCGAUAUGGUCAAUAACAUCCAGCUUAUUUACAAAAUGCGAGUCCCGGAUACAGCGAGCAACCUACUUACAACAUACAUCAAGGAGGCGCAGGAUGCAAACACAGCCGCUGAAGAACUCCCAGAUGAGCAGGCAAGUGCUGAUCUGUUCAGAGGAGGCGAAAUUCAAACUGUUCAAGAUCUUUUCAAGUUCAUACCCACCGUUGACCGUACAUUCCUCCUCCAAAGGAAGAUAGGAUGGAUAGUUGACUUUUACGCGGGCUACUCGGCCGAAAACCGAGACCUCGUUUUCUCAACAUUCAGCUCAUUGGUAAACGUAAGCAGUUCAAGUUCCGCCGCUAUCGAGCAAGAACUCAACAUCAAGGAGCGUCCUGAAAACGACGACUUGCUACAGCAGAUAAUCAUGAUGAAGACUGUCAUGAAGAGGGAUCUUUACGAUCAUCUUUCUGCUAUGAAGCAAGCUUUCAAGCGGUAUGAUGAUCUGAUCGCCAAGUCAUCAUUUGGCCCUGGCAAGUCUGGCGUUGUUAUGGAGCCGAGUGCCAUUAGCUACCAGCGAUGGACCAAGGUUCCCAAGAUGGCCAUGCCUUGCUCGAAGCAAACUACCAAAACCUUCAAUAAGUCGGGAUUUACGAAGACUUUUUCGUUCACGGAGUAUUCAAAGUGUAUGGUUGAGGGCGCAACUGCAUAUUACCCCAAGCUUCAGAUCCCUUAUCUUCGGUUGACAUUGUAG